AUGUUUGCUCCGUUCGACCGCUUUGCAGCCAUACCUGGACUACUAGUCACCUCUUCGAUCUGUUACACGGUUCUUGGUGCGCACAUUGCUGGCUAUCGAGGUUCAGAAGCUCUCGUCCAGUGGACUGAAUCCAAUAGAACGCUCGUCACAGUGAUGGUGCAGCUCUUAUCGUACAUGCUUGCAUUAGUACACAUACACGCCAUUUGUGCACUAUUCCGCUCGUAUUGGUUAUUAUCUAUAUCGUCCAAACACUUUCGGCUCUACAACGCGCACUUCAUACAAGCUGUGACCUCCCCAAGAAUGACGUGGGAUCUAUCUUGGAAAUUAACGCUACUUGUCAUGAUGGUAGUUCUCGCUUCCAUGACUCCUGCACCUCUAUGGGCGGCUGCCAUAUCUCCUCACCCGGCCCAACGAGAUGUAAAAAGCUGGAUUAAAAUUCCGACAUUCAAUAUUCGAAAUACUUCUGCCCUCUGGGAUGGAGAGCUCUCUACCACAUUUGCUGGCACAACCGGUCAAUGGCUAGUCGACCAGGGAUUGUUCUCUUUUGACCUAAACAAUUUUCGAGGGGCUUUGCAAGACUCUGCACGUGCGGCCUCCGUACUCACAGAUGGAACAAUUAGGCAUGCGAAACUCGAUAAAACCGGCUUUGUAUACGAGGGUCGAAGCUAUGGGUCUGGAUCUGGAGCUGGCUUUACAGAAAUCCCUGAUGUGAAGGCUCCGGACUCCUACCAGUAUUUUGAGCAAGGUCUUCGCACCGACGUUGUAUGCUUCUAUAACGACAGCAUCAUUGCGGCCUUCGUAGAGGUGACGGAUAAAGAUCAACCCAUUAACCUGUGGCAGACAACUGGGCUUGUUGCAACUGGAGCCAGGGCCGGGUUCAACACUUUCGCAGUGUGGUUACCGGAAGACCUCUUCGCAUGGAACCACGUGUACAACAAGCCAGAACGCAAGAUACAGCUGCAGUUGAUGACCGGCGCUAGCCCGACGAACAAGACCCAAGAUCAACAUACGUUCGGCCAGUUUACAAAUAUACAAUGCGACAUCACCUUUAAGGGGCAUAUGUUCCAGGUAAACGUAAACAACACUGGAAAAAUCAUCCGCUCGGAAUUAUUGAAGGGCUCUUUAUCGGAUUGGCCAACUCACGGUGAUGUGGUUGCGACCAGAAUCGAUACGUAUUUUAAUGAUCUUACAUUUGGAGACAGUUGUAGUGGAGGAUGCCAGCUUGGCAUAGCUCUGGUCACCAACAUCAACCAGCUAUCCAAUCAGAUGGGACGUAAGGGUAAUGCAACAAUGCUUCGGGGUACGCAAGAUUAUUUUGCCUCGCUGGUGGAUAACCUACUGGUUAACUUGCACCUCACGAGGUGGGCCUCAGGGGCACCAGAGCCGACCGAAAGUGUGCCAGCUUCCGUGACGGUACCUGCGCUUGUAUUUGGAGAUAAGAAGUUUAUCUGGAUCAUUUGUGUCCUUAAUCUGGUCAUAUUGUGCGCGUACCUUUGCGAGCUCAUUCGGACGCGCGCGUGGGCAGCUACGCCGCCAUUCGACAUUAUGAAUGACAGCGAAGUCAUUAUAGCAGCAUUUGAAGGCGGUCGAAUGUUCGAAAAGAGUCUCGUGGAUGCUGCUCUAUAUUCGUCGAGUAGACAAAGAAUCUCCGACAACACCAUGCUAAACUUACAAUUCGAAGGACUAGCACGGAAACGACCGGUGUUGACACCUCACUCCACUGAUGAUGGCAUCACUCCAGUCUCGGACGAAGAAGGACUGCUGGGGAACGUUUUCAUACCGAGUCUGGAGAGUUUUCCAUUGGCAGAAAUACGCCGUAGAUAAGAGACCGCGUACAGGAACCUGAACAAGGAGUCUAGACAGACUGCAAUUCCGUUGUCUCCAGC